UUGUUCAUUUAUUACAGACGCUGGAAAGGUGGCUGUAUUGAGCCGCAUCCUACAGAUAAGGCAUUAAUAGUUAACUAUGAGCUCGAGGCAACAGUGUAUGGGAAACCCGAUAAUCCCAUGGUUGAAGAGAAAAAGCAUUGCCAAAAAAUCAUACGCCUGCGAUCGCUGAAUUUCAAAACAGAUCCCACUACGCUGGCUCGAGAGGUAGUAGAUAAAUGUGAACUUAUACAUAAGUCACAACUAAAUGAAGUGGAGCAAAUUAUAUUUUACCUAAAAAACCGUAAAGACAAUUCUAGUAAUGAUAAUUCGCAUACAAGUAAUCGCCAGUCAUCACAGGCAUCUCAUAUGAGGUCUUCAGCGCGGCCAUAUAACAAUGGUGUGGUCAUAUCAAGUAACUCUAUAGGAUUGGGGUCUACUGAUAGCACAAGAAAACCCAUACGAACGGCGGAUGUGACCAUUAACAACAUUGACGACUAUGUUGAGUUGCUCUACGAAGAGCUGAGCGAGAGAGUUCGUGGUUCUGGUAUGAUAUUGCAGAUGGCUCGAAAUCCCGACAAUCUAGAAGAGUUAGAAAAAAAUGAGGCCUGCCUAAGUGCUUUAGCUCGUGUGCUUCGCGAAGAUUGGCGUAAAAGCUUGGAUUUGUCUACAAACAUAAUUUAUAUAUUCUUUUGCUUCUCAACUUAUACCAAAUUUCAUCCCCUAAUUGUGCAGUACAAGAUCGGAUCGUUAUGUAUGGAUGUCAUUGAUUUUGAGUUGCGUCGUUAUGAAACUAUGCGUAACGAAUUGGACGGCCGAAAGCAGUCAAACUACUCCACAACUCUAUCGGAGUUUGCUGGUAAAGACAAGCUUAAUUGUAGUACGGACGACUCUUUGGAUAUUAUGAAAGAAGAAAAACCAAAAGACAUGGAGCCUCCUCGUCGGCGAAUACCAGAAUUAAAGCAGCGACCAAAGUCGGGUAAUUGGAGUAACUUUCAUGGAACAAUGUCAUCUUCCCUUAUGAGAAAUCAAAUGCUGAACAACAGUUAUCACGAAGCACUCUCUUCUGGAACUCAUACAAAUUCUAAUACAAAUGCAUUAGAAACAAAUUCUACGAUUGAGAUAAGAGCGCAAAGCAUCGAUUCAUUAGACCAAAAUGACCCAAAAAUUAAGAAAGAAGAAAUUGAUCGACUUAACAAACAACUUAAAAUAUUUGCCAAGAAGCAGGAACAGCUACUUCGUGUUGCCUUUUAUCUGCUGCUUAACAUGGCCGAGAAUGUAAAGCUUGAGGAAAAAAUGAGGAGAAAAAACAUUGUUAGAAUGCUCGUCAAAGCACUUGAUCGUCAAAACAUUGAUUUGCUUAUAUUAAUAAUCACGUUUCUUAAAAAACUGUCUAUUGUUGGCGAAAAUAAGGAUGAAAUGUGCGACUUAAAUAUUAUCGCAAAACUACCAAGGUUGUUUCAAAAUUCACAUACAGAUUUGGUGCAAGUUACUCUUAAGCUAGUUUUCAAUUUAUCGUUUGAUGCGACUCUACGCCUAAAAAUGGUUACAGCUGGCUAUUUGCCUAUGCUAGUUAUGUUUAUCAACGACGAAAAUCAUCAUGGCAUUGCAGUUAAGAUACUGUAUCAUAUGAGCCUCGAUGAUAGGGUUAAGUCAAUGUUCAUUCACACGGAGUGUGUACAAAUGGCCACAGAUGCUAUUAUAUUGAAUCUUAAUGUAAAAGUUGAUCUGGAUCUUAUUGCUCUUUGUAUAAAUUUGUCAUUGAACCGACGUAAUGCACAAAUUAUGGUUGAAGGUCAGCGUCUGCACAGUCUUAUGGAUCGUUCGUUCAAGUACCAGGAUGCUCUCUUGAUGAAACUAUUACGAAAUAUUUCACAGCAUGAAUCGCUACAACUUCAAUACAUAGACUAUGUAGGGGAUCUUGCACGUGUACUGACUAUCUGUGAAGAGGAAUCUUUCAUUGUAGAGUGUUUAGGCCUAUUAGGAAAUCUAACAUUAACUGACCUAGAUUACUCGCAAAUACUGCAAAACUUUCAGUUAAUAUCUUGGAUACGAAAAGUACUAAUACCCUGCGCAAGACUUGAUGAUAUUGUUCUUGAUACUAUAGUUUAUCUGGGAACAUGUGCAUGCGAUGAGCUUUGUGCUCUCCUUUUCUGUCGCGCGAAGGUUGUGAUUUCACUGAUUGAGCUAUUAAAGGCCAAGCAAGAAGAUGAUGAGAUUGUGCUACAAAUAAUUUUUGUGUUCCAACAGAUUUUGAGACACGAAAGUACAAGGGAGUAUAUGAUUAGGGAAACUGAGUCGCCUGCCUAUCUUAUAGAUCUUAUGCAUGACAAGAAUGAGGAAAUUAGAAAAGUAUGUGAUUAUUGUCUGGAUAUAAUUGCAAUUAGCGACACCGAGUGGGCAAAGCGUAUCAAGGUGAGUUAAUAUUAGUUAAUAGUUGAUUACAAA